UUAUAAAUUCUACAUAAACAUUGGUAUCUAUCAGUAACAUCUCCUUGUCCUAGGCCUGCAUCAUGCAUAUAUAUAUAUAUAUAUAUGGUUAUGUAAAUUGUCAUAAAGCCUUGGCAUCCUCCAUUAUCGUAAGAUGCCAACGAAACAGGUAAGUUUCUGCAAUGACAAAAAGGUUGUAGUGAGGGUAUACGUUGAGAAGCCUAGGAAGAAGAGAUCAUCUUCAAUUCAACAUCAGUAUCAGAUUCAUGGCCCUAUCAGUAUGGGAUGUGGAAGAAGAGCAAGGUUGCUUAGCUAUUCUCAUCUGCUACGUGAAUCUGCAAGAGGAGCAUUAUCAGCACCUUCAUUCUCCAAGUGGGUUACAAACACCAAUCUUCAACCACCAACCCAGGGCCGUUUCCUUGUCUUGCAGAUAACCCCUUCCAACAUGAAAAAGCCAACAUGCUUUGGCAGCUGCACUUGGAAACUACUGAUUCCGAGGUUCCUAAGGUCAUGUUCAAAAGCCAAGAAAAAGGAGAACAAGAAGAAACAUAUGGGUGCAGAUUUUUCAGGAAAUGGAAUGAGAAUGAUCUGCUGUUACAGGUCCUGAUACUAUGGAAUGAUGCAGUUUAAUUCUCUGGUAUGGAAAGGGAGAAGUUUCAUUUGGAAUGUGUUAUCAACUAGAUUAGCUUCAGGGUCAAUUUUAUCCUGGUGGUUCACAUCUCUCAAGGUAUAAUGUCACCAAUCUCGAUUCAAAUAAGAAUUGAUAUCGUUUGAUUGGAUUAAACUUCUUAUCUACCAUCACACAUCACUGAAAUGGUCCUCACUUAUUGCUGCUAAUGCGUAUGCGUCUUAAGGUUACUGUACAUCACUGGUCUUAUUUCAUAUUUGUUCUCUUAUAUAUUUUUUUCCUAGAACAUUUUUGUUGUACACAU